UUGAGAACUCCAUUAUUCAUGGCUUCUUCUUCACCGCCUUCACCAUCGGGUCCUCCACCACUUUCGCAGCCAGUAACGCCACCAACGCCAACUUCGUCGCCUCCGCCGCAAUCUUCUUCCGCGUCACCACCACCACCACCACCAACACCACCACCACCACUUCCGCCAACAACACCACUAACACCAUCCCCAUCGCCUCCGCCGCCAGCCGAUGACCCAUCCUUGCCGCCACCUUCCGAUGGUUCAUCAUUGAAUCAGUCGCCACCGCUACCUCCUCCGCCACAACCAAAUGACUCUUCCCAACCUCCGCCGAAAUCGCCGGAUUCUUCCCCUCCUCCACCACCGGCCCCUAAUGCCAAGACAUCUCCUACUUCUCCGGGAGGCAGUAAUAAUGAUUUUCAUUCGCCACCUCCUCCGCCACCACUUCACCAUUCACCCUCCAACAAUCGUGGAGAGUCAUCGUCACCACCACCGCCUCCGCCACGGUCGGUAUCGUCGUCCAAAGCGCAUUCGCCGGCGAGUAAUGGUUCGUCCACGAACACAGUGCCUAUCAUCAUUGGAGUUGUGGCUGGUGCGGGGCUGCUGCUCCUUGUUGUGGCUCUCUUCUUCUUUUUCUCAUGUGCUGGAAAGAGGAAAAAGAAAGCACAAGCUCAGAUGCACUUCGGACCUGAUAACUCUCGUGGACCAAGUGGAACUGAUCAUCAACACUACACCUCUUCUCAACGCGGACACAACCAGAACUGGCAAAACGGCGCUGUAGGAGCACACUCCAAUGACCACGUAGUCAACGUCCUAACUUCACCUCCGGUCGAUGGUGGGACCCAGGGAGUUUGGCCAGCUCCGCCUCCACCUCCAAUCAUAAUCAGCAGUGACAUGAGCUCAACCAACUUCUCCGGCCCACUCGGUCCGGUCCUGCCCCCACCACCGCCAUCAGUGGCGCUAGGCUUUAACAAGAGCACCUUCACCUAUGACGAACUUCUGGCGGCGACCGCCGGGUUCGCACAGGCCAACCUGUUAGGCCAAGGAGGGUUCGGGUACGUCCACAAGGGUGUGUUGCCCAAUGGCAAGGAGAUCGCGGUGAAGAGCCUUAAGUCCGGCAGCAGCCAAGGCGACAGUGAGUUUCAGGCUGAAGUUGAGAUCAUUAGCCGGGUCCACCACCGCCACUUGGUGUCUCUCGUUGGGUACUGCUUGGCUGAUACUGGAAAGAAAAUGUUGGUCUAUGAAUUUCUUCCUAAUAACAAUCUUGAAGUCCAUCUUCACGAUAAAGGACGCUCACCAUUGGACUGGACUAGUAGGGUCAAAAUUGCAAUAGGAUCGGCUAAAGGGCUUGCUUACUUGCAUGAAGAUUGCCAUCCUCGCAUUAUUCAUCGAGACAUCAAAACCUCAAAUAUUCUACUUGAAUCCAACUUCGAAGCCAAGGUGGCAGAUUUCGGGUUGGUAAAGCUAAGUCAAGACAACAACACUCAUGUAUCUACUCGAGUCAUGGGUACUUUUGGUUACUUGGCUCCAGAAUAUGCAUCGACUGGGAAGCUGACAGAGAAAUCAGACGUAUUUUCUUUUGGUGUUGUGCUGUUGGAGUUGAUAACUGGACGCCGUCCAGUGGACACCACUGGUGACUAUAUGGAGGACAGCCUUGUUGAUUGGGCGAGGCCACUCUGUCUGCGAGCGUUGGAGAACGGAAAUUACGAUGAAAUAGCGGAUCCGAGGCUACAGAAGAGUUACGAUCCGAUGGAGAUGGCGAGCAUGGUGGCCUCUGCCUCUGCUAGCAUUCGCCACUCUGCUAGGAGACGACCCAAGAUGAGCCAGAUUGUGCGAGCACUAGAAGGUGAUGUAUCACUAGAAGAUUUGAAUGAGGGAGUGAAAGGAGGAACGGGGCAAUGCUCCUCCUACUUCCGGUCUGGUUCAGAAAAUUACGAUGUUGCAAUAGCAGGUUCAUACAGUGCAAGCAUGAAUAAGCUUAGGAAGAAGGCAUUAAACAGCCAAGAGUAUGCAAGCAGUGAAUAUGGGGGCACAAGUGAGUAUGGUCUUGAUCCAUCCUCAAGCAGUGAUUCCUCCCCUGAUAUUAUUGUCAGCAGGAAAGGAAGUCGUUCAGCAUCAUCGAUGAUGUUUGCUGCCCAUAUUGCUGCCCUUGUGGUAUCGGCAUCAUCUGAAAAGUAUGCGGCAUCUGAGACAUUUGUUGUGUCGGCAUCAUUUGUGGCGUCCGUGACUGAGAAACUUGAGACGUCUGAGGCGAUUGCGUCAUCAUCUGCAUCAUUACUUGUGAACUGUUUGGCGACUGUGACAUCAUCUGGAAGAAUGACUGGAACAUUUGAUAUUGUUGAAAUUGAACAAAAUGUGGAAGAAUGA